UGUGGACCGGGUUUCUGCAUUGGAAUCGAACCGUUUAGCGUUUGUCCCCUUUUCUCUUUUACUCCUCAUGUCGUUCCAUAAACCCUAAAAUUCUUCAAUCAGAUUCCAAUAUACGUUAAGGGUUCAUGAUUGAUCCAAGAAUCUGCCAGUGAUGAUGAAGCAAGACUCGAAUCCAACUACCACCACCAACCACCCUACAUUAGCCACCGUCUGCGGCCACUGCGGCGUCGAAGAACGGAAGCUUCUCCACAAUGUCCGUCUCCGAGGUAACUUCCGACGCCUUUGCACCACUUGCGUCCUCCGUCUCCACACUCAGUACUUCUGCCCCGCUUGUCUCGGCGUCUACGAGCGUUCUCCUCCCGUUGACGCCGUCGUUUGCUACAAAUGCUACUCUUCCUCUCACCCUAACUGCGUCUCCUCUCCACCUGUGAGCUCAAUCGCAUCUUCGCGCGGAUCGUCCCCUUGUUCAUCCUGUUUAAACCCUAACGCGCUUGUUUUGAAUCUCAAUAGACUGGAAAACGGGACUAGGACUGGUGGUAGGGCGAUCGAUAACAAUGCGGCGAGACUAUUAUUUGCUGCAGGGAGGAUAGCGUCCAUGUCGAUGAAUAAGGCGGAGGUGGCCGCAUCUACAGAAGCCGAGAGGAGAUCGAAGGAGGCAGCCUAUACGAAGAAAAGAGCAAGGGAAGCUCUCGAUCAUGUUGUGUAUCUAAUGGUAAAGGAAAAGAGAAUCGCUGUUGAAACUAAUAAGAGAGUUGUCACUGCAAACAACAGCGUUGCCGCCACUGCCGCCACACCAGUGGCGGCAGCGGUGGUGGUAGAUGCUAGUGUUGUGAAUAACAAACUCGAUGCUUCAAAUGAGGUCUUGGAAGCUUUGAAUGCAGUGGAGAUAAAAGAGAAAGGAAGGAAGCUGCAAGAACAGGGUAAUGGAGUGGUCGUAAUGGAUGUAGAUGUUGUUAAUGGUAAAGGUUCAGGGGUCAGUUCUAAUUCUGUUUCUGAAAAUGGAUCUGUGAAGACUGAUCAAUUGGGGAAGGUUGUCAAUGGUGUAGUUCCAUCAAUCGGCCAUGAACAGACUCAAGAAAAGAUCCAUUCUAUUGAGGAAAGCACUGUGAGCAACCCAAAGCUUUGAAAGAGAAGAUUGAAGAUUGAAGCUAGUAAGUAAUUUCUAUGUACAACACAAAUUACUGGAUAGUUGGUGAGAUUAGGUUGUGAUGAUAUGAUUGAUCUAUGGCAACAAGCAAAGUGAUUCAUUAUGGUAAAGGAGCAUUUUUUUUUCUUAAAGUUUUUAUCUUGAUUAUAUAAUAUGUGAGAAAAUGUGCCAUUUUAUGAUGAAUGUGAGCUCUCUUUUGUUGAAAGAUUUUUUAUGCCUUCAAUCUAGUUGUACAUUUGGGAUUAGUGAAUUUAGUUGUUCCUUUUUUUACAAUGAGUUGUUUGGAUUA